UAAAUUUGAAAAACCCUCGAAAAUAAUGUAACUUAGAAGUGGAACACUAAAGAAACCUCCUGCUAGAUAGUGUAUAAAUUCUUUUCAGGUUUUCUAUGCUGAAAAAGCACCUCAAAUGAAAAAAGACGGCAAAAUGAAACUUUCAGAAAUUCGAGACAAGAUAAGAGAUAUGUGGAAAAUUUUAGAUGAUGAGGAAAAGGAAAAAUACGAAGAUGAUUUUGAAAAAAUGGAAGCAAAAUACAAAGAGGAUUUACUUAUGCAUUAUGGGGGAAACGCAUAGGAUUUGAAAAAGUACAAAACUCUAUUAGAAAUUCCUGAGAAACCAAAAAAACCUGUCUCUGGUUGUUUAGUUUACUUAGGAGAGAAUAGAAAAUAAUAUACAGAAGAACAUCCUGAUCUAAAUUAAAUUUAGGUGUCAAAAGCAUUAGUUGAUCAAUUUAAUCGACUACCAAAUAAAGAUAGAAAGAAGUAUGAUGAUGAAUUUGAGAAAAAGCUUUAAAUUUAUCAUAAGUAAUUGGAAGAUUGGAAGAAGUAAAUUUUAUAAAUAAAUGAUUAGAAAAUAUUCAGAUAAAAGAGAAUAAUUUGAGUAAUUGAUUGAAGAGAAAUUUAAAAGAUCAGCUACAAAAUAAGAUUUAUUAUAUUAGGAAUUGCCACCUUAUAAAAGAGGUCCAAAAAAAUUGAAGGAUGAUGAAGAAACUGCUUAAUAAAAAAUAGAAAAAGAUGAAAAGUAGGAAUAAAUGAAAAAGGAUGAUAAAAAAAAAGAUGAUAAAGAUAAGUAAUCAUUUUUAUUAUAAUAUAGUAAAAAAGGAACAAAAAAUAAUAAAGAAGAUGCAAAAGGUGAAUCUAAAAAACUUAAUGAAAAAGAUAAUAAAGAUAAAAAAGAUAUGAACCGUAAAAAAUCAAUUGGUAGAAAAUAUUGA